AAGACAAAAUAUUUUGAUUAUUAUUUAAUGUUUUGUUUAAAAGAAGACCUCUUGCAGAUUCGACCCUGUCUCUUCAAAAAGAAAGUGCGGUACUAUCUUUGUGUUACUUUGACUACGACAAACAGAGUGGCGUCCCUUGGAUAACAGGAAGCGACCGAAAGUAGCCAAGUUUUCGGAGUCUGCAAUGGCUUGACUGAUGAGAACGACAGAAGGGUUUGAAGAUGGCGACGUCUGGCAGUAAACCAGAGCCAGGGGCUUCUUUUGACUCAGUGAUCCCCAAGGACAAGGUUGUGAAAGGAGAGAAACUCGGUGAGAUCAAGGUGAUGUUGGACGGCCUGAAGAAAUCGGACCCUGUCCACGCUAACUAUGAAAAAGACACCAGGCGUAUUCGAACCUGGUGUGAGAUGGGAAAGAGGCGGUACUCUUUCUCCUAUGAGUUUCCUGAAGAUGCUGAAAUUGAUCCAUUGUCUGUGGACGUCCCAGAAAAGGAGAGGAGUAAAGGAAAGUUCAAGAUCUUCUUUAAGAAGAAAACAGACUUCCAGCUGCGAGAUAUUUGGACAAAGUGAUGGAAUUGAAGCAUGACGAACAGCACAGAUAAACCUGAUGUCCUAUUCAUCUUCUACAUAUCAUGCCAUCACUCAUGUCACCAGUCAUGGCAUGUUUUCUAUGAACAAAGAAGAGCUCCUGUCGGCAAAAAAACUUUGGUCCAAAUCAUUUUGUUAAAUAACUACUGUUAUUUUUAUGUGUAAUUUUGUUUUCAAAUGUCUCUAACUUAAUUAUUUCUCUAACUUGAUUAAUUCUCUAAAAUUAUUAAUUAUGUCUAUGUUAUUGUGAUUUUAUUGAUUAUUCAAUCAAAUUUGAGUAUUUCCCAUAGGCAUGGUAGAAUUGCAUGUUGUUGCAGUAGAAUUUAUCAGAGAUAUUUAAGAUAAUGCAGCCAUCUUCACUGAUGAGAGGAUCUUCAUUUAUGAAGCAUUCAAGAAUUUAUUAUAAUCAGCUAGACUAGUCAGGAUAUUUAUGCAAUAAACUGUAUUAUCAUACCUCCAUGUCAGAAUGAUGAGAUGUGAUUGGUCUGAUUGAUCUUGAUAUAAUACAAUGUAUCCCACCUUGGAGGGGAAUAAAUUUCUCAGCGGGAGAAUAAAUCCCUUAUACCCCACCAUGAGCAAGUCAGGCUGCACGUGGAUUUCUGAGAGGCAGAAUAAAUCCCUUGUAUCCCGCUUCCAUGCAAAAAGUUGCAUGCUUUUUCCAAGUCAAUGAAAGUCACGUGAAAGCACAAGUUGACGUCAGCUCAAUCGAACCGCUGUUUUCUCGUAAUUUUCAAUAUGUUUUAAUGCUUUUUACAAUGUCAUAUUAAAACAUUUUGGUAAGAUAAAUUCGUUAUAGCAGGAUCGCUCUGGGUACAAUGUACAUGGGGUUUUAUUUGUCCCACGUUUGGUUUUAUACGAGCUGGAGGCGAGCUGUAUGAAACCGAACAGGGGACGCAUAAAACCCCAUGUACCCUGAGUGAUCCUGCGACAACUUGUUCUAUGUACUGUGUGUCACUGUCAGACUAUACAUGCUAUAGGACCUCUAUUAUGACCAUGUUUAUGUGUGGAGUCACGAGGGAUGUGAUGCUGUAAGGCACCACCAGCUGCUGUGCUGAAGCGGUCUGUCAGCUGUUCCAGGAACCAAGGUCAUGGGUUUGAAUCCCAGAUUGGCCCUAAAUACAGUGUUCCCGUUACCGGUAAUUACCAGUUUAUGUCCAGUAAAAUUAGGCUUGGACCUGUUAUUCAUGUGACUGCCGGUCCCUGUGGACUGGUAAAUAAAGUCCUAUUGUCUAUUUUUAGUGCAAGGAAAUAACAUUUCGCUUUCCUUUGAGGUUAAAUAUCCAUUUGAAGCAACUUAGUCUCAAACCAAAGUGAAAUAUACUGUGGAAAAAGAGAAAAUAGUGACUGAACUUUGACAUGUAGAUCUAACUAAGUUACUUUAGGGAUAACGUCCGUGAAAAUGUCAGACAUGAACAUACAGUGCAUUGAACAUGAUGUUGAAAGCGUUAAAACCAGGUAAUUUUCAAAAGGUGUUUUUUGUGUUCAAAGUUGGGAUUAACAAAAUUUGGGAGAGACUAGUUUGUUUUUAGGGAUGCCAGCCCACUGGGACUGGCAGUUUAAAAAGUCAGUGAGAACACUGGAUUAUCAUGCUAGACUUGGGGGCAGUUAACCCUCACUUGUGGGCUUCAUCACGUGGAAAACUUCCAAGACCUGCGGGGGCACGGGUGGCCCAGUCGUCUAAGGCGCCGCGAUUCGCUGUGCAGAGUUGCGUCCCUUGGGCACGCCAGAAACCUAUGAUUGUGGGUUCGAAUCCCGGUUCGCCCCAAUUAUGUUUCUAGGUUUGUCAGCACCAUACCCGUGCUCGUGGGUUUCACCGAAGUGGUAAACGUCUGAGACCUGCAUCACUUCGGGCUUUCCUCCCACAUUAAGCUGACACGCCGUGAUAUAACUGGAAUACUGUUAAAAGCAGCGUUAAACCCAACUCACUCACACUCCAAGACCUGCAUCAACUCUGGCUUUCCUCCCAUACGAGGUGACAAAAUGGUGAUGGAGCCAACUUGCCUUUGCACAUGUUGAUUCAAUUGACAAUGUGACAAAAUAUAUCUUCAGAUGUCAACAUUUUCCCAAUUAAGUUUUUGUGAAUGCGUGGGUAUGUCUCAAAACUAGAAGAAUCAAUAUUUUAUACUACAAAAUAUUUUAUACUUUUGAACUGGUCCCUGCUCUGACCUUGACAGUUCAACUUCCCAGGUUAUGCCUUACUGCUUAUUUGUACUUGUGAUAAGAUCUGAUUACUUUUUUGACUUGCAAAUAAUGUUGACCUCCAUGUCAAAUGCUGUUUAAACUAUUGUUUACUCGAAGUGUAUUUGGAUCUGGCUAAAAUCAAACAUUUUAACAGAUCCUUUAAUUUUAGUUGUGAUUUUAUGGUGUUUUACUCUUUUAACAUGUUUAAGUCUUCUUUUCAUAUCAUUUGUCAUGUGAUUUGUGUAGGACUUAUCUAUCAACCAGUGCUACAGACUGAAGGCAUCCAUAGAGGCAAAACCACAUCGAGAGUCCGGUCGAUAUACGUCCCCAGCCUAAGGCCUGUUAGAGCUGGUGAAUGUGGAUUGGGUGGUUGCUGCAGGUGACCUCGGUAUUUGUAUGUUACCCUGAAGCAUGGCUUGUUUAGCACACUCUCAACCACUCGUUUGCCUGGCCCAGAAUUGAUUUUUUCAGGGACGAGCAGUUGGGAUACUGUUGUGGCAUAAAAUAGUAUUCACACAGGACCACUUACCUUUAGUUUGUAUUUUUGGGGGCGGUCAGGUAGCCUAGUGGUUAAAGUGUUCGCUCUUCACGCCGAAGACCCGGUUUCUAUUCCCGACAUGGGUACAAUGUGUGAAGCCCAUUUCUGGUGUCCCUCGCCGUGAUAUUGCUGGAAUAUUGCUAAAAGCGGCGUAAAACCAUACUCACUCACUCACUCACUAGUUUGUUUUUGUGUAUUUUCUUCUCCUACCAGAUUGUAGUGUCACCUUGAAUGCAGUCUAUGGAAUGCGCUUAGUUUUUUAAGAUUGAUGAAUAGAAGCAAUCAAACUUUUUCUAUGAUCAUAGAGAUCUCUAAAAGAGUCCAUUGUAUCUGAUGAUAUCCAAUUUUCAACGUCUUGGUAUUUGAUGUUUUUGCCAUGACAGCUAGUAACAGCUUUGAUCAAACAAGCCCCACAGAUAGUCAACUAGCCCAAUCUGUACAAAGCUGAUGCUUCGAAAUACUUUAGCUUGUUUUUGAUCUGGAUUGUCAGAUGUUUUGAACUUUUUUUUAUAUUAUUGUUUUAGUCAUGUUAACUCAUACCUUACAAUCUGAGGAGUGACAUUGGUUCCUUAGUACACAGGGGAAUGGAACAGAGAGGUUUGACAUCCAUUGCUUUCUUCCACAAAGCAGUGAUCUUAGCACUAAGAGGAUCGAAACUCCAAUACUAAAUCAUGGACUUACAUCAAUUGUAGAGCUGAGAUUGCUUCGUGGAAGGUCCUGAUACUGAUGUGGAAGAUGUGGAAGAUGUUGAAUGUUGUAAUUUCAAUCUCUUCGAAAGCAGUCACAGAUACUGUUUGAAGAUGGCAUAUGAAAUAAAUCCAUGCCAUGGAAUUUCAGGGAUGAUUGAUUGAUUGAUUAAAUUGUUUGUUGUUUAA